GAGAUCUCAAUCUGGGCCCUCGGUUCCCGCCCCAGAAACACAGGAACAGACAUUCAGAGACUGGGCCCCACACUCCUCGCUCCAAGGGGUUGGCAGGACCCGCUGAAAGUAGAAACUGCUUCCAGAAAGAUAAAGGGGAUGACUCCAGCAGAGCACCCCACUCUUUUGAAGAGCCCAGAGGGAGAUGUCAGCCCAGUCUCUUCCUGCAGCAACACCCCCUACCCAGAAGCCCCCUCGGAUCAUCCGCCCCCGCCCCCCUUCUCGACCCAGGGCUGCCCAGUCCCCAGGGGAUCACCACAACGGCUCAUCUCCCCAAGAACCUGCCCUCACCUCCAAUGAUGCACCAACCCCAGUGGGCACACCCAUCCACUGGGACCCCCCUGCCUCCUCCCUCAAGCCCCCUGCCCUCCUGCCUCCAUCAGCUUCUAAAGCCAGCCUUGACUCCCAGACUUCCCCAGACUCGCCUUCUAGCACACCCAGUCCCGUAUCCAGGCGCUCUGUUACCCCAGAACCUGCUCCCCGGUCUCCAAUCCCACCCCCCAAACCCUCCGGUUCACACACUCUGCCCCUUCUCCCCAUGCCUGGGGUCCCCGCCCAGGGCGGCUCUGCCUCAGCCCCGGGCACUGUGCGCAGACUGGCUGGCAAGUUUGAAUGGGGGACUGAAAGCAGGGUCCAGGCUGCAGAGGCACUAGAGUCGGGUCCCCAAGGGGCAGCAAAUGUGAACGGGGAGAGAGAGGCUCCACAGGGCAACCUUGCUGGGAGUGGAUCCCAGGAGAACGGCACUCCGGAUGCUGGCCUGGCCUGCCCUCCUUGCUGCCCCUGUGUCUGUCACAUAGGCCGGCCUGGCCUCGAGCUCCGCUGGGUGCCUGUGGGGAGCUAUGAGGAUGGCCCCAGGGCUUUCUGCCGUGCCUCCCCACUGAGGGCCUCCCGCUCUCGCCCCAGCCCUCCAAGCAUCGGUCUCCCCCCAGUGGUCCUUACGUCCUACCGCUCCACAGCUGAGCACAAACUCCUCCCGCCCCUCAAAGCCCCCAAACCAACUUGGGUCAGGCAGGACACCACCGUCUCUGGGGACCCGCCCCAGCCAGAUCUUGAUCCGCCCUCGGAAGAUGGAAUCCAUACAGAGGACAAUCCUGAUGAAACUCCUCAGAACACACCUCCAGCAACAACGGAGGGCAGAGACAAGGAGGGAUUGGAGGAGCUGAAGGAACAGAACUGGGAGCUGCCCCUGCAGGAUGAGCCCCUAUACCAGAACUAUCGAGCAGCUGUGCUGUCUGAGGAGCUCUGGGGGGUCAGCGAGGAUGGGUGUCCCUCCCCCACAACCCCCGGCGAAGGUCCCACCUUUGCACGGCCCCCUGGACCUCGCAACACACUGUGGCAGGAGCUUCCAGCCGUCCGAGCCAGCGGCCUCCUGGACACACUGAGCGCCCAAGAGAGGCGCAUGCAGGAGAGCCUGUUCGAGGUGGUGACAUCGGAGGCCUCCUACCUGCGCUCGCUGCGGCUGCUGACAGACACCUUCGUGCUGAGCCAGGCUCUCCGGGACACGCUCACCCCCCGGGACCACCACACCCUCUUCUCCAACGUGCAGCGUGUCCAGGGAGUCAGCGAGCGGUUUCUAGGGACACUCCUGUCCCGUGUGCGCUCUUCCCCCCACAUCAGCGACCUUUGUGACGUGGUGCACGACCAUGCCGUGGGUCCCUUCUCUGUGUACGUGGAUUACGUGCGGAACCAGCAAUACCAGGAGGAGACCUACAGCCGCCUUAUGGACACGAACGUGCGCUUCUCCGCGGAGCUGAGGCGCCUGCAGAGCCUCCCGAAAUGCGAGCGGCUGCCCUUGCCAUCCUUCCUGCUGCUGCCUUUCCAGCGUAUAACCAGGCUCCGUAUGCUGCUGCAGAAUAUUCUGCGCCAGACAGAGGAGGGGUCCAGUCGCCAGGAGAAUGCUCAGAAAGCCCUGAGUGCUGUCAGCAAGAUCAUUGAGCGUUGCAGCGCUGAGGUGGGGCGCAUGAAGCAGACGGAGGAGCUGAUCCGUCUCACCCAGAGGCUGCGCUUUCACAAAGUCAAGGCCCUGCCCUUGGUGUCCUGGUCCCGGCGCCUGGAGCUGCAGGGGGAGCUGACCGAGCUCGGCUGCCGGAGGGGCGGAGUGCUGUUCACCUCGCGCCCUCGCUUCACCCCCCUCUGCCUGCUGCUUUUCAGUGACCUGCUGCUUAUCACUCAGCCCAAGAGCGGGCAGCGGCUACAAGUUCUGGACUAUGCCCAUCGCUCCCUGGUCCAGGCCCAGCAGGUUCCAGACCCAUCCGGACCCCCCACAUUCCGCCUCUCCCUUCUCAGCAACCACCAGGGCCGCCCCACCCACCGGCUCCUGCAAGCUUCGUCCUUAUCAGACAUGCAGCGCUGGCUGGGAGCCUUCCCAACCCCGGGCCCCCUACCCUGCUCCCCGGAUACUGUAUAUGAGGACUGUGACUGUUCCCAGGAACUGUGUUCAGAGCCUUCUGCAGCAGCCAGGACAGAGGGACGAAGGCUGGAGUCUAGGGCUCCCCCCAAGCACCCACACAAGAGCCCCGAAGGCUGGCUGAAGGGGUUUCCGGGGGCCUUCCCUGCCCAGUUGGUGUGUGAAGUCACAGGGGAACACGAGAGGAGGAAGCACCUUCGGCAGCACCAGAGGCUCCUCGAGGCUGUUGGGCCCUCUUCGGGCUCCACCAGUGCCUCCCCACCCUAAUGCAGGAUGGGCGGCGGUGGUGCACAGGCGGGGACAGCUGGCAGCUGGGCGCGGAGAGGACAAAGCUCAUCCAUCCAUCGGAUUCGCUGUCAGUGGAAACGCUACCUCUAUUGGCAACCAAUAGGGACCAAGCUUCGGGAGAAGGCAGCCAAUGAAAACAAGGCCGUCGGAGCCUACCGGCGAGGGAUGGCUUGAGUGGGUGGCCAAUGGAGACAGAGGCCUGGUGCAGAGCAGCCAAUGGGUCCUGAGCUGGUUGAGCCGCUGGCCAAUGAGUAUCCCUGCUCGCUCACAGCCAAGGAAGACUAAUAAACCAAGUCAAUAAAGUUUUUAAAAAGGGCUGCGCUGGAAAUGAAGGCCCGGGAUAAAAUAGCCAACAGCAGUGAGCAGGGACGUCCAGCCAUGGAAGGUGGUCUGGGCCCCAGAGACCUGUGCUGCCCCUGCUUGGUUCUAUAGCAAUGACUGUCCUGCCCUUUGAGUGUGGGAAGCGCUUCAUUCCAUUCCUGGGGGGCCUCCUGUGCCCUCUGAAGCCACUUCUUCUCUUCUAGAAGAAUCCAGAGUGAGUGUCUCAGAGAAUCGGCGCAUGUGUCCCUGUGUCUCUGUAGGUGUCAGGGGAGGUGUCCUAGGGAAGGCGGUGUGUGGGGGGGUCCCGCCUCCUCCCCGGGGACUGAGCGCUCUAUUUCUCCCCUCACCCCCUGCUUUUCCUGUUAUUUUCUCCAAGAAGACAGGAGGUCUGGGCUCCCCCGGAGGUGAUGUGCUGGGUGUGGCUUGGCAGCCAGAGGCCAGAGUGGGGUAGGAGAAGCCUGAGCUCUGGGCCAGUGGUCCACGGCAGCUGGAGGGUGAUGCUGGGGCUCAGCCACACAGCCUGGUAGAGGAGCCCGAGGGACUGAAGACGGCCAGUAGCCGCGGCCUGAAGCCCCCGGAGGCUUCCUUGCCCCAACCUUGGCCUCCAAACUGAACCGUAACCAGCCAUCCAUCCAGCUCAGCUUCGGGCUUUACGAUGGCUCUGGGCCCCAGAUUUUGGGGGAAAAAACAGGAGCUGUGGAUCGUGGGCCACCCGGGGAGCCUCUCCAGCUUUCCUGCCUUCAUCCUGGACCUCUCAUGGAAACUCUGAGCUCACCAGUGGCGAGGGAACAAAGAGCCAGUGUGGCGUCCCAGCCCUACCCCAGCAUCUCAUUCCAGGGGAGAAAGUGCCCCGGGAGAUGCCAGAAGGAGGUGAGGGAUGGAGACAGAGCAGAGCCCACAGUUGCUGGUGACUCGGCCUGGCACCAGGCCUUCCCUGAACUGGGCCGUCACACUGUCCCUUCAGCUCACGUAUGGCAGCUGGCCCAGGACGGCAACUGCCCCCAACUGCAGGAGAGGCAAGGACUCUGGGAGGCUGGGAGGGAGAAGGGGACUGCCCUUUGGCCACCCAGGACUUUGCACAGUGCCUGGCUUAUGAGAAACCCUCAAUAAAUGUUGGUGGGCCUGUA